AUUUUUGACCGUUUUUCGGCAAUGACAGCUGGUUUUUCAGAGAAAAGAAGUUGGCCAGUGUUCGUCAUUAUCAAGUCAUUAGCUUGGCGCUAGGAGUUAUUGUGAAAGCUUGAAAAGUUCAGAAAAUACUGGAGUCAUUGAUGUCCAAUAAAAGUGUUAUUAAUUUUUACUGAGAUUUUUCGGUCGAAGUAACAGUGCCGGCGUCACCAUGUCGGACGAGAGUCAUCCAAAAACAUUGUAUGUGGGCAAUUUGGACGUGUCAGUGUCAGAAGACCUGUUGUGCACACUGUUUUCACAAAUAGGCCCCGUUAAAGGAUGCAAAAUUAUAAGGGAACCCGGGAACGAUCCAUAUGCUUUUGUUGAAUUCACAAACCACCAGUCAGCAUCCACAGCUUUGGCUGCCAUGAACAAGAGGUUGUUUUUAGAUAAAGAAAUGAAAGUGAAUUGGGCGACAAGUCCAGGCAAUCAACCCAAACAAGACACAUCCAAUCACCAUCACAUUUUUGUUGGUGAUUUAUCCCCCGAAAUAGAGACUGACACAUUGAGAGAGGCCUUCGCUCCUUUCGGAGAAAUAUCGAAUUGCAGAAUAGUGAGAGAUCCACAAACACUCAAAUCCAAAGGUUAUGCUUUCGUAUCAUUUGUUAAAAAAGCUGAAGCAGAAAAUGCCAUACAAGCAAUGAAUGGACAAUGGCUAGGAUCCCGGUCCAUCCGUACAAACUGGUCUACGAGAAAACCACCACCGCCAAGAACAGAAAAGCCACAGCAGCGUGCUAAACAACCUACCUUUGAUGAAGUUUAUAACCAGACAUCUCCGACCAAUACGACUGUAUAUUGUGGUGGCUUUACAAACGGUUUGACGGAUGAAUUGGUACACAAAACCUUUGCUCCUUAUGGAGCCAUUCACGAUAUUCGUGUGUUCAAGGAUAAGGGGUAUGCAUUUAUAAAAUUUGUAACAAAAGAAAGUGCUACACAUGCAAUUGAGAAUGUCCAUAAUACAGAAAUAAAUGGUCAGAAUGUGAAAUGUUUUUGGGGAAAAGAGAAUGGAGGCUUAGGACCUGAGUCUGGUUCACUACCCCCUGGUGCAGGGGUUCCUCAAUCUGCUGGUCCACCGUACUCAUAUGGAUAUGGGGGGUAUUGGGGCUAUCCUCAGGGGUAUAGUGGAGGUGGAUAUGUACAAGGUUACCAGCCGUACCAACAAUAUCAGCAGUAUCCUGGAGGUCAGCAAUAUUGCGUCAUGCCGCAGCAGGGACAGUGGUCAGGACAGCCAGGUCAGCAACCAAAUGUACCAGUAAUGUAUAGUAAUGUUCAGAAAUAUCCAUCUCAGUGAACUAAAUGGGACUUGUCUAAUCAGUCAAGUGUUGUGCUGCAAAUUGUAUUGUAUCACCUUGAAGCAGCAUACUUUGUAGCAUAUUGAGUUGAGAGACAAUUAUCAAAUAAACUACAAUUUACAUAUAGAUUUUUAAAUGCCAUUACACACUUUGACCGUAGAAUUAGCCUGGAUUUGCACUGGUUUUUUGUUGAUGUAUAUAGGUACAUAUUUUUUAACCCGUAUUGUUCCAUUCUUCUAAUGAAUGGAUAUCUUAGAAUAGCUCCCAAAAUAUGGACAGAAACUUAAUAUUCAGGUGUUGAUUUUAAUGAAUGAUAUGCUAAUAAAGUAACUCUUAAGUAACUGCUUCCUUUGUGGCAUUAUUUUUCGACAAACUUCAAUAUACAUGUUAGAAGGCAGUUUCUCGAAAACACCUUCUUGUUUUACCAACCUCAUACUUUUACUAAUUUGAUUUAGUUCAGAUUUGGAAUAGAAGUUCCAAUUUAAUAUUUAUUGUGAAAAGGUUGAUAUUGACAAAACAUAAAUAAAUAAUAAAUAUUUAAUUCUAAUUACUCUACUUGCAAUGAUGAAUAGCCAAAAUAUGAACAAUAUUAUAUGAACAAUAUAUGUCCGUCAGUUUGUCUUCUACUUUUUGUACAUUACAUUAAUAUUGAUUUUACUAUGAAGUUUCAAGUGACAAAUAUUUCAAUGGCAGAGUGUUAAUGGUAGUUAAGAUGCAUGAUAUCAUAACAUAACUAAUUUCAAAAGUGAAAGAAUGAAUGCAGUUAAUAACAGCUACAGGAUAUCUCUUGACACUUGUGAAAAAAAUCUCAGACCGUGUAGUUCUUUCAUUUGGAAAGUAUUGUGCCUGACAAUGGAAAAACUAUUCCACCUAUCUAUUCCUAACCACUGGUAAAAAAUAGAUAUCCUGUAGAUUGGAAUGAUUGUGUUUGCUGUUUUCUUGUUUUUUCAACAGAUUGAAAAAAUUUAUGGACUUUGAAAAAUUGUAGCGCUAGGAAGCGUUACAUAAUGUAGAUUGAUUGAUAUUUAAAUUUAGGGUAGAUAGGUGAAAACUAUUAAACAAAUAAUGUCAUUACAACCAACUGUACAUUAAGGAUAAACAUUGAUGGUCUCAGUUGAAUAAGACAGAAUUUUAUAACAAAAAAAUUGUAAGUAUAUAUAUGCUAGUUGUUAAUAAAAACUGCAGGUCUGGGAAA